AGCGCUUAAUAAGCAGAGCUAACGCGCCGCGACCUCAGAUAAACACAAAGUUCAUUUUAUUUAAGCGAUAGAUUCUUUUACUCAAUAUUUUAGGAUUCGAGGAGACGCAGGAUGGCAUCAGGGACGCCGUGCCUGAACAGCAGGUGGGACAAACCCAAACCCAAAGCGGCCGUGCUGCAGGGGAUCGUAGGAAACGUCUCGGCACCCGCUAACGCGGGGACAGUCGUGAGUUCGAGGCCGGCCGGCGCACCCGGACCAGGGAGCGCGGCGGCGAGUCCUUCGUCUGGCGCCCCCUCACGGGGUGGAGCAGAGCUGGCUGCUGCCAUGGCUGCCAAAAUUAAUGCCAUGCUGAUGGCUAAAGGGAAGAUGAGACCGCUGCAGCCUCUACCCUCGAAGGCCCCUCCCGGUGUGACCCCGCCCUCCAGCGCCGAAGAGAUCGUCAUCACAGAGGUGGAUAUAAACGACGUUCCCGUCAACUGCAGGAAUCUUCUCACCAGGAGCAAAAUCCAGGAGGAGAUCCAUCAGUACAGUGGUGCGGCGGUGUCCACUAAAGGUCUCUACAUGAGCGAGAGUGAGAGAUCCACCUACUCAGGAGGAGAGAGACCCCUGUAUCUGUACGUCCAGGGACGCAGUCAGGACCAAGUGAACAAGGCAGUGACGCGGAUCAAGGAGCUCAUCGCCGAGGACGUGAUCCGCUCGUCCGGGGGGCGGCGGCCCGCCGUGAUGCCGACGGUGGCCGUCUACCCUCAGCCGCCGCGCCCGUCCGUUCCCUCUCGGCCGCACGCGUCCACGCCGCGACCCCCGAACGCCCCCGUAACGCCCGCGCACAGACCCCCUCCGCCUCACGCUGGGAGUUUUGUGCACACUAAGCUAUUUGUAGGAUUGGAGCAAUGCCUGCCGGGCUUCAGCGUGAACGAGAAGGUGGAGGGUCCGAGCGGCUCGUACCUGCAGCACAUCCAGACCGAGACCGGGGCGCGGGUCUUCCUCCGGGGGAAGGGAUCGGGCUACAUCGAGCAGGCCUCGCGCCGGGAGUCCUUCGAGCCGCUGUACCUCUACAUCAGCCACCCGAACGCUGCGGGACUGGAAUCAGCGAAGAAGCUGUGUGAGAGUCUCCUACAGACGGUAAAAGCUGAGCAUGAACGCACUGUGUCCACGUACACCGCCACGGGUUCUACACAAGUGUCGUACCCGGGUCACGGAUACUCCUCCGCCGGGGGCAGCUACAGCAGCCAGGCGUGGUACGGCUACCCCGGCACCUACCCCACAUACCCCACCACAGGAAGCUACUGGAGCCAACCCAGCACCGCAGAGGGCUCGCAGAUGGUCCAGUACCCAGUGUGUCCACGCCCGUCCACCUUCAUGCUGCAGGACGAAGAUGAGGACUCGGACGGUGCAGUGAACGACUCGGCCGCUUCUCCAAACUCCAACAGUCCAAAGAGACGCUUUAUAGAAGAGAGUGAAAAUGAUGGAGGGAAGGAAACGACAGAGCAGACUAAACCAGAAGAUCCGGUGACUGAGGCGGUGUGUAGUACCAGUGUUGAAGUCAGAAGCUCAGAUCGGGUGUUGAUGCCGCCUCCUGUAAAUCCUGUUGUGUCGCUCCCACCACCUCUGAAGAGACCCAGGGAAGAAGAACCUGCUCAAACACACACGGGUGAGGACGAGGAGCUGAAGAAGGUGAAGAUCUCAGAACCUUCAGCCCUGGUCCCAUACGGUGGAGACUCCUCUGAUGAGGAGGAAACGUGCAGUGUGAGGAGGAGCGUCACCCCAUAAUCACCCUGAUCUCUGCUCUAAUGUUCAUAAUUACCCCCCCACCACCACCCCCAGCAGGAGGACGCAUGUUCCUCACUCAUUUAGCUUCGUCCCCUGAGCUGAACUUUCUGGGUUUGAGAUGUUCUAACUGUUCCUAUGGAAUAAAAUCAUCAACUUAAAACGAA